CCGAGGGGACAGUACGCGAGCUUGCUGAACAAAGUCCUUCCCUUAGAGAGGAAGCCAGUCUCGUUACACAGUCAGAUCUCUCCUUCUCCUCAAGGUCCUCUCCUCCUCCCUCGCUUCCGAUCGGUGAAGUCCCCUCGAGAUCGCCGGAUCUCGCCAUUUUUCCUGCUGGAUUCGACUUCGGGUUCGUUGACUGGGUGGACUCUGUUGCCCUCCCGUCGCGGGAUCGUGUAUUGAAGGGGGCGGUCGAGUUGGAUCUCCGCACGAUUGUUCGCCAUGGCAGGCGCCGCAGCUGCUGGGUUCAUCACGAGGUCCUUCGAGGCCAUGCUCAAGGAGUGCGCGGGGAAGAAGUACCCCGACCUGCAGAGCGCCGUGCAGGCUUGUCUAGACAACAUGAAGGAAACCAAACAAGAGGUGGCUUUUGAUGAGAAUAAACAUGUUGCAAUACCGGCUUGGGAAGAAAGAGAUGAUCGUGAUGCUUUGGCGAAAGAAGGGGAUCGUGAUGGUCUGGCUGCCUCUACUGGAAACAAUAGUGUCACUAAGUCUCAGGAAAUCAGUGAACCUAUUAUAGUAGCUUUAGCAAAUGCUGGGCACACCUUAGACGGGGCUCAAACUGAAGUUAUCUUAAAGCCACUGAGGCUCGCAUUUGAGUCAAAAAAUAUAAAACUUUUGAAGCUUGCACUUGACUGUAUCCAUAAACUCAUAGCCUAUGAUCAUUUAGAAGGUGAUCCCGGACUGGAUGGUGGCAAAAAUGCUUCAUUAUUUACAGAUAUACUCAACAUGGUCUGUGGCUGUGUUGAUAAUUCUUCAUCGGAUAGCACCAUAGUUCAAGUUUUGCAGGCGCUUCUUACUGCUGUAUCUUCAAUGAGGUUCAGAGUUCAUGGAGACCCAUUGCUGGGAGUGAUUAAAGUAUGCUAUGACAUUGCUCUCAACAGUAAGAGUUUAGUAAAUCAGGCAACAUCAAAAGCAAUGCUAACCCAAAUGAUCAGUAUUGUGUUUCGGCGAAUGGAAACUGAUCAGGUUCCUGUAUCUAGUAUUGCACAUGCUGCCAUUCCAGCUAGCUUCACCAGCUCUGAGAAUGUAGAAAAAUCUAGUGAUGCAACAGAUGAGAAAAACACUGUGGCAGAUGCAUUACCCAAGAAGCAUGAAAAUGAUGCAUCUCCUCGUUUGGAGGAAUUUCAGAAUCUGGCUAGCGGUGCUGACAUCAAGGGUUUAGAGGCUGCUCUUGACCAAACUGUUCAACUUGAGGAUGGAAAGAAAGUUUCAGGUGUAGAGAGCACGAGUGUGGUGCAAAAUGAUGCUUUGUUGCUGUUUCGAACACUGUGCAAGAUGGGGAUGAAAGAAGAGGGUGAUGAGGUGGCCACCAAGACGAGACUAUUGUCUCUUGAGCUUUUGCAGGGUUUGCUGGAAGGAGUUGACUAUUCCUUUACGAAAAAUUUCCAUUUUAUUGACUCAGUUAAGGCAUAUCUUUCGUAUGCUUUGUUGCGAGCUUCUGUUUCUUCUUCCCCAGUGGUUUUUCAGUAUGCAACUGGAAUAUUUGCUGUUCUUUUGCUCCGUUUUAGAGAAUGUCUUAAGGGAGAAAUUGGCAUCUUUUUUCCAUUGAUCAUUUUAAAAUCAUUGGAAAGUAAUGAGAAUGUGCUUAGCCAAAGGACAAGUGUUCUCCGGAUGCUUGAGAAAGUAUGCAAGGACUCCCAAAUGCUUGCAGACAUAUUCGUUAACUAUGAUUGUGAUCUUCAGGCACCAAACCUUUUUGAACGCAUGGUAAAUGCAUUAUCAAAGAUAGCCCAAGGAACUGUAACUAUUGAUCCCAACUCAAUUACUGCAACACAGAUUGCUUCUGCUAAAGGUUCAUCACUUCAGAGCUUGGUGAGUGUGCUCAAAUCACUGGUUGAUUGGGAAAAGCUUAAAGGAGAAUCUGCUAAGCAUGGUAAUAUUGUUCAGUCUCUUGAAGCGGAAGUUUCAGCUACAGAUACUGCUUCAAUUAAUGAACAGAAGAAUACUGAUGAUGGAUUAAACCAAUUUGAGAAGGCUAAAGCUCACAAAUCCACAAUGGAAGCAGCCCUCUUAGAGUUCAACCGAAAGCCAGCAAAAGGGAUAGAAUUUCUAUUGGCUAAUAAGUUGGUUGAGGGUAAAGCUUCUUCAAUUGCUCGAUUCCUGAAGAGCACACCUAAUUUGGAUAAGGCAAUGAUUGGUGAAUAUUUAGGCCAGCAUGAGGAACUUCCUCUUGCUGUUAUGAAUGCAUAUGUUGAUUCCAUGAAGUUCUCAGGAUUGAAGUUUGAUACUUCAAUUCGUGAAUUCCUAACAGGAUUUCGACUUCCUGGUGAAGCACAAAAAAUUGAUCAAAUCAUGGAAAAGUUUGCUGAGCGUUUUUGUGCUGAUAAUCCUGGACUUUUCAAGAAUGCGGAUACUGCUUAUCUUCUUGCUUAUGCAGUUAUAAUGUUAAAUACAGAUGCUCACAAUCCAAUGGUUUGGCCGAAAAUGUCAAAAUCUGAUUUUAUACUCAUGAACUCUGUGAAUGAUGUGGAAGAGUGUGCACCAAAGGAGCUCCUAGAGGAGAUAUAUGAUUCAAUUGUAAAAGAAGAGAUAAAGAUGAAGGAUGAUACACCUGAUGCAUCUAAAAGCAGCAGAGUGAGGCCAGAAAGUGAAGAGAGUGGCCACCUUGUAAAUAUUCUCAAUUUAUCUCUUCCUAAAAAGAAAUUUGGGUUUGAUACUAAAGUAGAAAGUGAGAAAAUAAAGAAACAAAUUCAGACCUUUUUCAGAAAUAAAGGCGAAAAAAGGGGUGUCUUCUAUACAGCUGAGCAGGUUGAACUAGUUAGACCAAUGCUUGAAGCUGUGGGGUGGCCUCUUCUUGCAACAUUUUCUGUAACAAUGGAGGAAGGAGAUAAUAAGCCUAGGGUUAUUCUUUGCAUGGAAGGUAUUAGUGCUGGCAUACAUCUAACACGUGUUCUUGGGAUGGAUACAAUGUGUUAUGCUUUCCUAACAUCAUUAGUACGAUUUACAUUCUUGCAUGUUCCAAAGGAGAUGCAAAGUAAAAAUGUGGAAGCAUUGCGAACACUGCUUAUUCUAUGUGAUAUGGACACUGAUUCACUACAGGACACCUGGAAUGCUGUCUUGGAAUGUAUAUCGCGGCUAGAAUAUAUCACUUCAACCCCAUCCAUUGCUAUAACUGUGAUGCAGGGUUCAAAUCAAACUUCAAGGGAUGCAGUUCUUCAGUCUCUUAAAGAGUUGGCUGGAAAACCAGCAGAGCAAGUUUUUGUAAACAGUGUAAAAUUGCCUAGUGAUUCCAUUGUGGAGUUCUUUACUGCUCUUUGUAGUGUUUCUGCUGAAGAGUUGAAACAAACACCUGCCCGAGUCUUCAGCUUACAAAAGCUUGUUGAGAUAAGCUAUUACAAUAUGGCUCGCAUUCGGCUGGUAUGGGCUAGAAUAUGGUCUGUCUUGGCCCAGCACUUCAUUUCUGCUGGUAGCCAUCAUGAGGAAAAAGUUGCUAUGUAUGCCAUCGAUUCACUGAGACAACUUAGUAUGAAGUAUUUGGAACGCGCUGAAUUGACCAACUUCACCUUUCAAAAUGACAUUUUUAAGCCUUUUGUCAUUCUUAUGCGGAUUAGCCACAAUGAAAAAAUACGCAGCCUAAUUGUUGAUUGCAUUGUUCAGAUGAUUAAAUCAAAGGUGGGCAGCAUUAAAUCAGGUUGGCGGAGCGUGUUCAUGAUCUUCACUGCAGCAGCAGAUGAUGAAUCCGAAUCAAUAGUUGAAAGUGCAUUUGAAAAUGUUGAACAGGUUAUCUUGGAGCACUUUGACCAAGUUGUUGGUGACUGCUUUAUGGAUUGUGUGAAUUGCUUCAUUCAUUUUGCCAAUAACAAAAGCUCUCCUCGCAUUAGCUUGAAGGCUAUUGCCCUUCUCCGUAUAUGUGAAGAUCGCCUUGCUGAGGGCUUUAUACCUGGUGGAGCCCUCAACCCAGUGGAUGGUGGUCUCGAAUCAAACUUUGAUGUAACAGAGCAUUACUUGUUUCCUAUGUUAGCUGGUUUAUCUGAUCUAACAUUGGACCCUAGAUUAGAAGUUCGAAACUGUGCACUGGAGGUGCUAUUUGAUUUGCUGAACGAGAGGGGAAAGAAAUUUUCUUCUACUUUCUGGGAGAGCAUUUUUUAUAGGAUCCUAUUUCCUAUAUUUGACCAUGUACGACAUGCUGGUAGAGAGGGUAUUGUCUCCACUAAUGAGGAAUGGCUUCGGGAAACCAGUAUCCAUUCACUCCAGUUGCUCUGUAACCUUUUCAAUACUUUCUACACGGAAGUUUCUUUUAUGCUACCACCACUUCUGGGUUUUCUUCUUGAUUGUGCCAAGAAAACAGAUCAGUGUGUGGUUUCCAUCUCGCUGGGAGCUCUUGUACAUCUCAUUGAGGUCGGGGGCCAUCAAUUUAGUGAUGGAGAUUGGGAUACUUUGUUAAAAAGCAUUAGAGAUGCAUCCUACAUGACUCAACCUCUUGAGCUUCUUAAUUCUUUGGGAUUUGUAAACUCAAAGAACCAGACUAUUCUAUCAAAAGAUUCAGAAGCUGAAGAUGGUGGCAGUACAGUUAAAACUAUUAAUGAGAAUAGGAAGGAUGAGAUGGUCUUGGAUAAUCAAUCAUUCUCUGUUGAUACUGAAGAAUCUGGAAAAUCAAUCAGCUCGACUAAGGAUCAUCUUGGUAGCAAUCUUCAAGCCAACUUAGAGGAAUCUAAUGGCCUUCCAUCACCAUCAGGUGGCCCGCCGAAGCCUACUGAAGCUGCAGAUUUCCAGCGUAGUCAAACAUUUGGUCAGAGGAUUAUGGAUAAUCUUCUUCUUCGAAAUCUCACUUCAAAAUCAAAAAAUGGCACAAAUGACGUUGACACUGCUUCACCUACAAAGAGUCCUGAUGCUGCAGAACCCAUUCCUGAUGAUAAUGAUGAAGAUGAAAAUCCAAUGAUGGAGACUAUCAAAGGCAAAUGCAUCACCCAACUACUUUUAUUAGGCGCUCUUGAUAGCAUACAGAAGAAAUACUGGAACAAGUUGAACUUCCAUCAUAAGAUCACAGUUAUGGACAUCUUGCUGUGUCUUGUGGAGUUUGCUUCUACAUAUAAUUCACCAUCAAACCUAAUUUUACGCAUGCAAUACCUACCACUAGAAAGAUUACCACUAAAUCUUCUCCGCCAGGAAAUGACUGGAACUUCCAUUUAUUUAGAAAUUUUACACAAGUCAACUGGAACAGAUAUUAAUAAAAAUAGUCAUAAACCACUCAAUUCUGAAGAGAAGCUCUUAAACGUGGCGGAGGAGAAACUGGUUGCUUUCUGUGGUCAGAUUUUAAUGGAGGCUUCUGAUCUCAAGCCAAGUUCAGAGGAGGUCGGUAGUGCCAAUAUCCAUCGAGUACUCGACCUGAGAGCACCAGUUAUUGUUAAGGUACUCGAAGGAAUGCGUUCUAUGAAUAGCCUCAUAUUCAGAAAGCAUCUCAGAGAGUUCUAUCCUCUAAUCACGAAACUUAUUCGUUGCGAUCAGAUGGAGGUUCGUGGAGCAGUCGGAGAUCUCUUGGGUGCACAGCUCACUCCCCUUCUGCCGUAAUUGAUAUUGGCACCGGUCCAUUUGCCUGUACAACGCACCCACUUUUCUGCAGCCGCCAUAUGAAGCAGAAGCUCUUCAAAACGUUUAUGCCAUUGUACAAAGGGUACCAUUAGUUUUUUUUGUUCCUUUUUUAAACCUUCCACGGUUGCAUAAAUGAGGAUAGAAGAAGGAAUCCUAUCUUUGGUAGAGCCAAUGAAAUAUAUCGCCUGUCAGAUUGCACGAUUGCUUUUUCGAUGGCCAUAUUUAUGGUUUUGUGAAGGUUCAUUUUGCUUCACGUAGAUUUAGGUAAUCGGCAAGCUUUGGAAACAAGGUUUUGGCGUCCAAGUUGCGUUACUAUCCAUUCUCUUCACUUUGUAUUGUUGUAAGACGCCCUAUUUUCCUAUGAACAUAGUAGGGGUUGAAAAAGAACACUUUAAUCA